AUGGAGCUGCAUACCCCAUUCUCCUCGACAUUGGUCUCACCAGCUGAGUUAAACCACGCCUUGUCGAAUACUUCGAAAGAUGUCCGCAUCAUCCCCGUGGCUGCUGGACGAAAUCCAUCACUCCCACACUUCGAAUCGCGACAAAUACCAGGCUCUGUCUUCUUCAACAUGGAUGAGAUCAGAAACAAAGAAUCUGAAUAUCUCAUGAUGCUGCCCACACCGACCCAGUUUGCAGAGAGCAUGACCAAGCUUGAUAUUCUCCCUGAAGAUGUUCUUGUCAUCUAUGAUUCCCUAGAAGCAGGGCUAUACUCAUCCCCGAGAGUCGCGUGGAUGUGCAAACAUUUCGGCCACAAGGCAGUCCACGUGCUCAACAACUUCCCUCGAUAUGUUGAGCAGGGUUUCCCAGUCUCCAGUGGAUCACUCUCAACAACGUCUUCCUCUGUCCCACGAGCGGAAUAUCCCGAGCAGCCAGUUGCGCAUACCGAUAACGUCGUCUCCUUCGAUGAAAUGCGUGAUCUGGUGGAAAUCCCAGAAUCGAGGGCAAAUCUCCAAAUCCUCGAUUCUAGACCAAGUUCUCGGUUUUCGGGGACCCCGGACGUCGAGCAGACUCCACUGCCGGUUGGGCAUGUGCCAUUUGCUGUCAACGUGCCUUUGCCAUCUCUCCUGGGGCCCGACAAGGGAAUACUUUCACAGGCUGAUCUCAAAAAUGUUUUUAUGAACGCUGGUGUGAAAGAUAGCACACCGGCUGUGCUUUAUUGCAACUCUGGUGUCACUGCAGCCGCACUUGACUUGGCUCUGCGCACAAGCGGCAUGAAUAUUGAAACGAGACUAUAUGAUGGAAGCUGGAGUGAAUGGGUGAAAAGGGCAGACAAGGAUAGCAUGAUUGUUAAUAAUUGA